CUCCAAGAAGAAGUAGUGCUGCCUUCAGGAAGCGCAUAUGAUAACAACGUGGGUUUCAUUGAAACUGUCGGUGUAAAUGACAGUAUCCCCAAUCCUGCAGCGUAACGGUAUUUAAGAAUGACAUACACGGAGGACAAGCGGCAGUCAUCGCUCUAUUUAGCGGUUAGUUGCCAAAGUGAGGAGCCUCGUCUGCCGCUGCACACUUCAAUCGCCCUGUUUCUUCUGUCUUACUGCGAGUGCAAGUCUUUCAAAGUGUUUCUGGUCUUCACCAAACCUGGCUGCUCCCAGUCACUGAAGUGUCAGCUGCCAGAGUCUGUAGACGUGUCUGACACUCAACUGGAAGAUCUGCCCCAGUUGGUGAAGGGCUGCCGUCUGCCUGCUGUUCUGGAUGAGACAGGACGGCUCUGCAGAGCCGGACUGGCAGUGGUCCUGAGACACAUCAUCAACAAAACCUUAGAGACUGACCCUUCCAGAAAUGAUGUGCUGGCAUUGCUGGGCUUCAAGAAGACCUGUUUGAAGGCCUGUGCUGAGGUGAGCAAGUGGACCAGACUGUGUGAAACUGGCAUCCCCUCUGCUGUUGAAGAAUAUCUUCAAAAUCCUACAACUCAAUACGGGCAUCUUCCUCUUUCCAUCCUCUCCUUAGAGCAAAGGCUAGCGGAGCCUGUCAAAGUCCACAAUGAUGACAAAAUACGGCGACAGAAACUCCAAGAGCAGAGACGGAAUAAAAAGAAGGAGUCCCCUGAAGGCAGAGAGGACGUGGACAAUGUGUCCAACCCUGGACAGUCACCUCAGGUCUGUGAUGGACUCGAGCUUCGGGCUGCUUUAGCCAAGCUGUCUGUGGAUUCAGUUCCAGCUGUGACCACUAGAGAGAACUCUGAGAUCAGGAAAGUGAAGACCACAGAUCUGCCUCCACUGGAGCAUGUGUUUGCUGAAGGGCUGUACUUCACUCUGACUGAUGUGGUGCUGCUGCCGUGCAUCCAGCAGUACCUGUGUUCCCUCCAAGCCCGUGCUGCGAGCCUUCUGCAACAGCUCCCCCACCUGCUGUGUUGGUACAGCCGUGUCCAGGAGGUACCAGGCGUUCUUCGGGCAGCCAAGGCUUGUGGAAUGGCUCUUUCCAUCCCCCAAGUUCCCACGGUCAGUCUCCCGGGCCCGCCAGCAGAGAGCAACCCUACUAACCUACUGGAGCAAGAAGACAACCACGACACGACCACUCAGCAGCCUUUUGUUGGUGGCCCAAGGCCCACAAUGACGAAACUAAAAGAAAAAGGCAUUGAGGCAGUCUUCACUCCGCAUCCUUGCCCUGCGUGGACCCUCCCAUGGGACAGCUUACCAGGAGCGAUCAACCCCACUGAAAGUAAAAUGUCAAAUAUCCGUGCUGUCAGGAAGAGGCAACAGCUGAAUAACUUGGUCGCCAUGGUUACAGAGCUAGCCAGACCAGGACACACCAUCGUGGAUUUCUGCAGUGGAACGGGCCAUGUGGGGAUCGUUCUGGCUCACACUCUUCCACACUGUCAGGUCAUCCUCAUAGAGAACAAAGAAGAGUCCCUGGUCAGGGCCCAGUGUCGCAGUGCAGAUCUCGGUCUCAAAAACAUCGGCUUCAUUCAGGCCAAUCUGGAUUACUUCACCGGACCUUUUCAGAUUGGGGUUGCCCUCCAUGCGUGUGGUGUUGCAACAGACAUGGUGAUGGAACAUUGCAUCCAGGCAGGAGCUGCCUUUGUCAUCAGUCCCUGUUGCUAUGGCUUCAUCCAGAAUGCAGUCAAGUUUACUUUCCCCAAGAGCAAAAGGUUCAAAGAAACUCUGACUUCUAAGGAACACAUGAUCCUCUGCCGUUUCGCUGACCAAACUGCUGUCCAGCUCCCUCCUGAUCGUCGGCUCAUCGGUAAACAGUGUAUGGGCCUUGUGGACUUGGACCGGUCGUGGGCAGCAGAGGCUCGUGGGUACUUGGUGCAGGUGAUGACUAUGGAGCCUGAAAGUUGUUCGCCAAAGAACAACAUGCUUGUGGGGAAGCCACCACAAAACAGCCGACUGGAAGUCAUUUCAAACCUCAAGGAAGCACCGGUACUUACAGAAGCGCAGAGCUGCACCCAUAUAAGAGGGGAAUUAUCAUCUGCAUUUUCUUUGACUGAGAGAGGAGGAAACAGAGAGAUGCAAAUUCUAUCACAGCAGGUGAAACUGGCCAUCUGUUCUCUCGGAGACAUCCUCUGCUGUCACCUUUGACAACGUGUUGCCACAGCUUGAGGAAUCUGAGGAGGAUGCGGGAUUGCCAAGUUUUCCCCGUGCACAUUGUGAGACGGGGAUACACAAUAGAAAGAGGCGCAGCCUUCUCCAGGAGACAAGCUCAUCUGAAUUCAGUAAGCAUAGUCUAUCUAUCCUGAGGUGAAUAGCCAUAAACAAAGCUUCUUCCAAGGUCUGGAAUUGUUUCAAAAGAAGAGAGACAUGUAUGACUCCCUGUUCUUGCUGGUGGCUCUGCACAAGUGAAUACCUUUUAAGUGCAAAUGGGCAUAAAGGAGGAGAGCGAGCGCUUGUUGCACUCCUUAAAGCUUAAAUUAGAGAGGAUAAUAUUCAGAUGUGAGGUACAUGGAUUUAUUCCAAACACCCACAGCUGCAACGUGACUUGACAAGUGACUAUGUUUAGACAGCAUGGAGGGGACAAUGGGACACAUUUUUACGAUUUUUAGUGAGCAGUUAGCAGAGAGUCAGUGACAGCACAGUCUUUUGUUGUGUGACUUACUGAUAUGCGUCAAAAGAUGCAAGGAAACAACAACAAUCUGAGCUGAACUUGAAACCAGUCCUUUAACAAAGCAUUGAUCAAAGUAGAAGAAUAAUAACUUAGCAGUUUGUCUUUCAUGCACAUGAUUGGAUGAUCAUGGCCAAACUCACUGAAAAUUUCCCCCUGAACUCAAAUACUGCAGAAAACUUCAACCCAGAAAAAAGAGCUUUGGUUGUUUUACUGACUUUAGUAAUUACUUGUGAUUAAAAUUCUGCUUGUCUUGA